AUGUCCUUCGAUAAUUUUACCCUAUGGCAGCCGCGUUUCAAUGAUUCGGUUUCAUCGACUCGAAUCGCCUUCGGCGUUCCCGCAGUUGCGCUUUUCCUCGUUCUUUUUACCUACCUUCGAGGGCUUUACCGCGUUUACCUACAUCCUCUCAGCGACUUCCCUGGACCAAAAGAAGCGGCCAAAUCACGCAACUGGCUCUAUCUUCAGACUUUGAAGCCGUAUCCCGAAGAUGUCUAUGAUGAACUUCAUGAUCACUAUGGCGCCAAAGCCAUCAGAAUUGCACCCAACGAACUUCACAUCUCUGAUCCGCACCUUUACAAGGUCAUUUACAAGCAAUCAAACCCGUUCCCAAAGGAGAAAGCUUUCUACGCAGGAUUCAAUGUGCCGCCUCCCGGACUCUUCUCGGCGACGGAUGAGGCUAAACAUAGAGAGCUGCGACGCCAUAUGAAUCCCAUGUUCUCUCGUUCAGCGGUUCUGAAGCUGGAAGAUCUUGUUCGCGGACGGUUGGCAGACUUGGAGAACAAGAUCGAAAGGCUUUGCGAUAAGCAGGUUAUCGACUUUUAUGGCGCAUUUCGACUACUAACUACGAGCAUCAUUAUGGAAUGGUGUCUUGCCGAUAGCGGCAAUAUCCUGGAAGAGCAGCCCGACGGUUUCGGAUCGCAAUUUCUCACGGCUUUCAGCGUCGGUGCUGCGGCUGCGAAGAUCUUCCAACAGUACCCGUUGCUGCCCAAAAUUAGCAACGCACUACCCUUUGGGUUGGUGAAGAUCUUCUCUCCAGAGAUCGGCAGCUUCGCUCAGCUAGCUGACUUUGCGAAGCAGGGCGUGUACCGCUGGCGUGAUUCUAAUGGAUCAAAAGCGGCCGUUGAUCAUCCCGUUAUUAUUGAGAAUAUGGCUCAAUUAUCGAAUGAUGCACUGGUCGGCCUAGUCCUUGAAAUUUUGGUGGCUGGGUCUGACACCAGUGCCUCGUCAAUGACCGUGGCUCUCUUUGAGAUUUUACGUAAUCCGUCCAUCGAGAAGAGACUGGUUCAAGAGCUCGAUGCUGCUAUUCCAGACAAAAAUGAUUUGCCUCCAGUUCAGACGUUGGAAAAGAUAGAUUACUUGACAGCUUGUGUCAAAGAAGGCCUCCGUGUUGCGUCAGCAGUGCCCUCGCGCCUUCCACGAGUGGUACCGCACGACAGCUCGGAACCCUUCAUUGUGGACGAGAAGAUUGUCCCUCCUGGUACCAUCGUGUCCAUGUCGGCUCAUACGAUUCAUUCCAGUGUUGACAUUUGGGGCCCUGAUGCUCGAUUAUUCAACCCUGAUCGCUGGUUGGUCCCUGAGGCAAAGGGUUUGGAUCAGUAUCAGGUUCAUUUCAGCAAGGGCGCAAGAAUGUGUAUUGGGCAAAAUCUCGUUCCUAUCGAGAUGCUUGUCGCUCUCGCUUCCAUCCUUCGAAGGUACAAGAUCACCUUUCCUUCGGGGUUCCUGCCUCCAAGACGAGUUGACAACUUCACUAUCGAACUGGAAAGGGGUCUCCCUCUCAAAGUGUCCCCUCGAGCAUGA